UUGUAUUCCAGAGAGGAUUUCGUUGAAGCUAACAAAAGUAGAGCUAAUUCCGGAUCUAAUCAGAAGUCAGCGCGUUCCACCUUCCAGACAGAUAUUUUUACUAAAAUUGCUUCAAGCAAACCUCCCCCUCGGGCCUUCUCUGUAACGCCCAAUGUUCCAGUAUUUCUCGCUCAUCGUUCUGGCUGUGAAGCGUCGUAUAAAACGACUGUUAAAUUUAACAAAGUUGCGCCGAUCCCAGCUCUGGUUCCUCGAUUUGAUGUGAUUCAUAAGGAUUUUGGCGUUUCGCAACCAUCUCCCGUCGGCAGAUCUAUUCCCAUUGAUCAUCAACAUCCUGCUACGAUUGAUUCUUUGAAUCGGUCUCUUUCCCCUUCUGACACUCGCAUAUCGCCCCAUACUCAUUCACCGUCGUUUGCACUCACUUCUGCUUCUGCUCUUUCUUCACUCUUAGAAGCUGCUGGGGCCAAAGAUGUGAUAAAAACUGUUGAGCCUGCCACAGUUUCUCUCCAAGAUGAAUCCUUCCAUGGCACUCAAUUUAAUAACCCUCCUGUAGCCAUUCCCAAAGCGGCCUGUGCCGUAUCGCCUUCACUGUAUAACAAUCAUGCUGUGACAGGCCAAUUGACCAAUCAAUUUAUAGGCCAGCAUUUGGGUGCGGAUCAGCCCACUCCAAAUACUCACUAUAACUUCAAGAGUUACGUUGAUGAGCUAUCUAAUAACAUGACCAAUUUGGUCGUUAAUGAAUUGCCAUCUCUCUCAGUGGCAAAAGCUAGUGAAUUUACACAACAGAUCCCGGCUUCAUCCUCUAUCCUAUCUGAGCCAGUCAGCAUGGCAAGCUCGCAAUCUGAAGUCGGCACGCCCUUCGUCACCAGAUCAAUCUCUCCCACUACACAUGCGCAUGUUUCGCAACAGCAGCGGCUCACAAUGGCCCAGCCUCCUAUUAUUCCUUCCAUGCAGUCUGUUCCAACUCAAAUCAACAAGUCUAUACAGCCUUUGAUCUCAGUUACCAUCAAUAAGAUUUCCACUACUCAACAUUCUAUUGCCAGUACAGCUCAACAGCAACAUCAUCAACCAUCAACUGCUGGCCCACCACCGUUACCCCCAAAUCUGCCUAUGCUAGGCCAGCUUCCUCCUGGUUAUCCCCUCUUCAACCUAUCAGCAGCUGCGGCUGGAAACUCGGUGGCAGGUGGUGGUGGUCCUGCAACCAUUAUGGAUCUGGAGCAAUUUAACUUUAUUCAGCAACAGCAUCGCAUUUUGUAUGAACUGCAGCAGCAACAGCACCACCAAGCACCCCAACAGCAACAUCAGCCACCACCACAGGGUCAUCAAGGAGUG